UCGUGUGUUUUCUCCACUGCCUACGUGAAAGGAAGUGCGCCUUUCCUGCCAGGGGAGGGUUGCAGAUUAACUCCGUCUCAUACUAAACGCCCUGCUGAUAGAAGAUAAGACAGGAUCAACUGUGGCUGCCUGGCUAACUCGCUCUGAAGGUUGCUGCAGUGAAUAUUGUCGUAUUGCGCUGCAGCCCAAGAGUUUAUUGUUCCUUUAAGAAAGAGCGGGAGGAGGCAAGAGUGAGAGAGCGCCAACUUGGACCAGAGCUGGGUGCCUUGUUUGCUGUCGGAGGAGGGAAAUGACGGUGCAUAACAAGAGGCAGAAGAAAAAUCCUGUGUCAGGUUUACAUGGCCCAAUGGACUAAAUCUGCAUAGUUUAAACAUGUCUAUUGGAUGGCGGAACCCUGAGACUGAGACGGGAUUUGUACCGAGUGUCCAAGACUUUGACAGAAAACUUGCAGAAGCUGAUGCCUAUCUACAGAUUCUGAUUGACCAGUUAAAGCUUUUUGAUGAGAAGAUCAAGGACUGCAAAGAGGAUGAGUCUCGCAGGAAAAUUGAAAAUUUGAAGGAGACUACUUGUAGUAUGGUAGAGUCCAUCAAGCACUGUAUUGUUCUGCUGCAAAUUGCUAAGGACCAAAGUAACGAACAGCAACACGCAAACGGACUGAUAAGCACCAUCAACCCUGUGGAUGGGAUCUACCAGCCGCCUUUGGACACUCCUGUAGCCAACAUCACGAUGCCAACACAGACCACUCUCCCCACAGAUACUUCUCAGGUGUGUAAAUCGGACCAGCGACCUUCGACCUUACCUGUUGGACCUGUCGUCACCGUGAUGGGCAGUUUGCAGACUCCAACUCCCAAUAGCACAGGGAGCGGCCCAUCAGGCCCCAACAGCGGCGUCACCUCCCCAUCUCUCAUCCCCCUCCCCUCGCACUCGGUGCCAGACUUCUCGUAUUCCUCCAGCGAGGAUGAGUUCUACGACGCAGACGAGUUCUACCAGAACACCACUUCCCCCAAACACUGCAUGAAUCCCUCGGGACCCCCAGCUGCCUCACCCAUCAGCAAUGAAGAAACAGCAAUGAAGAGACCAGACACAACAGAAUCACUCAACUCGACCAUGUCAAAUGGCACCACAGAACCAGAUCCGUUUGACAGCCACGACGACCGUGACGAUGACGGUGAAGGCGAGUCCGUGGAGGAGCACAAAAGCGUCAUCAUGCACCUGCUCUCGCAAGUCCGUCUGGGCAUGGAUCUCACCAAGGUGGUCCUGCCAACCUUCAUCCUAGAAAGGAGAUCUUUGUUAGAAAUGUAUGCCGACUUCUUUGCACAUCCUGACUUAUUUGUAAGUAUCGCAGAGCAGCCAGAUCCUCGUGAGCGCAUGGUUCAAGUGGUCAAAUGGUACCUGUCAGCCUUCCACGCGGGCAGGAAAGGCUCGGUAGCCAAGAAGCCUUACAACCCCAUUCUGGGAGAGGUCUUCUUCUGUCACUGGGAUCUGCCUUGCAAGACUGAGGAGCCCUCCACCAACGUGUCAUCUUCCCCUGCUCCAGUGCAGGACACAAUAUCAGAUGUUCCGGUUCCAGGGUCUUCACCCAACAAUGUGUCUUUUGUGGCUGAGCAGGUCUCUCAUCAUCCACCCAUUUCUGCAUUCUACGCAGAAUGUUUAAGUAAGAAAAUCCAAUUCAACGCUCACAUCUGGACCAAGUCGAAGUUCCUUGGCAUGUCGAUAGGCGUUUAUAAUAUUGGACAAGGCUGCGUAUCAUGUUUAGAGCACGAUGAACAUUAUAUCCUCAACUUCCCCAAUGGAUAUGGCAGGUCCAUUUUGACCGUCCCCUGGGUGGAGUUGGGCGGGGAGUGCAACAUCUCGUGCUCCAAAUCAGGCUACAACGCCAACAUCGUGUUCCACACCAAACCCUUCUACGGAGGCAAGAAGCACAGAAUCACAGCAGAGAUUUUUGCACCAAAUGAUAAGAAGUCCUUCUGCUCCAUUGAAGGCGAAUGGAACGGAGUGAUGUUUGCCAAGUGGGCCACAGGAGAGAACACAUCAUUCAUUGACACCAAGAGGAUGGGCAUCAUUAAGAAGAAAGUCAGGAAACUGGAAGAUCAGCUAACGUAUGAGUCUCGAAGACUUUGGAGAGACGUGACCCUCAACCUGAAGCUCAAAGACAUCGACGCUGCAACAGAAGCCAAACAUCGGCUGGAGGAGAAACAGAGAGUGGAAGCCAGGGAGAGGAAGGAGAACGAGCAGCAGUGGGAGACCAGGCUAUUCCACGAGGACGGAGAGUGCUGGGUGUAUGACGAGCCACUUUUAAAGAGACUAGCCUCUCCUCGACCCUGAGAGGAGCCACACACAUACACUCGUCCCAGGACCCUCCCACCCCCACCCCGCACUAGAUGCAUUAUGAUUGAACGCACACUGCAGAGUCUUCAUAAGAACUCUUUAGCAAAGACCACUUGUUCACCGAGCCUUGGACUGACUGACCGCCGAUGGCAUUGUGUAUGCAGCUUUGCAUCCGACUGUAAAAUGAUGGGAACGAAUGAAAUUAAACGGAAAGUACCUAAGAUGCACCCAGGCGACUUGUAAAGCUUGACUCCUUAACAGGUGCGGUCCCAGUUCUCAGCCAGGCCACUCCCUUCAUCAGGGUUGUUGAAAUCUAAUAACCUUUCCACAUAUAAAACAGAGCUGAACAUCUCAGGGAAUCUGGUUGAAGAAAGAAAGCCCCCUCCAAGAGUCUGGCAGCCUUAUGAAGAUGAGGAUGAGGAUGAUGGUGGUGGUGGUGGUGAUGAUGUUGUUAGUGGAAUGGUUGAACCUUAACUGGGCGGGGAAGAUACUCUCUGCUUGCCUGCAACUAGUUAUAACUCUUGUUUAUAUAUAAAUAUAGAUAUACAUAUGAUGCAUAUAUUCUUUUUUUAUUUUUCUUUCUGGCAAUAGUGUAAAAUAUUUGAGCAUAAUGAAACUUUAAAGGAAACAUCCAAUGGUCACGUUUGAUGUUCUGCUCUCAUUUCAAGUUAGUUUGGUCCGUUUCUUCAUUGCAGGACACAGUUAAAGUCCAUACAAGCCAUAGCAUCUGAACAUACUGAUAGAAAUAUAUGAAUGCAAUCCAAAGGUUAUCAGCAAUGUUUGUCGAAAGAACAUAGAACAAUCCUAUGAAUAUGAUUCUAUGUAACCUGAAGGCAUUAAAUGAACAAAUGAUCAUGUGGCUUUUUGUUCAACUGGACCUCAUUGUCCAUAAUGACGAUGUUCUGUUCUGUAUGCAUUACCUUGCUAAGGGGAGUUGUAAACAGCCCCAAAAAAAGAUGAGAACACGCUGCUGUUUUUUUGUAGUGCUGCUGCAGUUCAUUUAGGGUUUUUUUUCUUCCUAAGUUGUGAACACUGAGGGAUAUUCUAUUCUUCACCUCAAAUGUGUUUUCCCUUUAGUUGCAGCGACGUCGACGUUGGAUCAAAACGCGGUGGAUGAGAUACAAAAAUAAAUUCCACUUGGAUAUGAUAAAGAACAUAA